AUGAUGGACCCAACUUUUUUUUUUCUUCAGGAGAUUUGUGAGGCAGCAAGAAAUGCAGGCGGGUCUGACUGUGAUGCAAAAUUACCGCAAUCUAUGAAGCCUGAUGGCGGCACCAGUGAGGAGUUUGGCACAAGGGAAUUGCUGUGGACUCUUGUAGAUGCCUAUGAUAAAAUUGACGUUGCACAUGACUAUUCGAAGGACCUUCACUCAUAUCUCAGAUAUUGCAAAGAUGUUGUUUUUCCUGGGAUUGCAUGUUCAGUUGAAGAAGAGCACUUAAUAGAGAUCUUCCAGGAUUUGUACAAAGGACGAGAGGGUGAGAAUAUAAAAGCUCACACCACAAAUGGAGUGAAUAAACGAGGUCGGGAUGGGACUUCUGUUGGUGCAAGGUGCUUUUCUCCAUCAUCAUCAUCAGGGAUACAGAGUAUCAAGUCAGAAAUGGAAGUCCACGGAUUUUGUUAUAUGCCGCCAAGGAAGUGGCCAAGAUCAGAUGGUUACCUUCACUAUAGAAGGAAGGCAAUGACUGGUCGUCUUGUUUGUGCUGGACAUGCUGAUUAUUACCUGUUGCUACGCUCAUUUGCCAAGCUUGCGGAAGUUGAUAUUAGGGUUAUGCAUGCCAGUGUGUUAAAACGUGAGAGGAGACUUGGCUGGAUAGAAGAAAGAAUAGGCAGAAGCUUGGAUGCCUUGCAAAAGCUACCUAGGUAA